CAGGGUUACAGGGCUGGCACCGCCUUGCGCUCGACCGGAAGACAAGGUGGAGCAUGCGUGAUUUCACGGCGCGCUUUCAGGCCUCCCUGCGUUGUGAAUUGCUUCUUAAAGCGCUAACGGAGCACCGUUUUGCCUUGCCGUGCUUUCUUUUGGCACCAGUGGCGCAACGCGCAGGAGACCCUUAAAUUGCACCUUCCCGUCUCGCUUAUCUCUAUCAUCUGAAUUUAUACUUGGGAGUCGCCUCCCUCAACGCCCAGUCUCAUCCAUGGAGAAGUCUUCAAGCACCGACUUCGACGUCGUUAUUGUCGGCGCCGGCAUCUCUGGGAUCAAUGCUGCCUACCGCGUGCAGUCGGAGCUGCCAGAAGGCACUACCUACGCGAUCCUGGAAGCCCGCGAUGCCAUAGGAGGAACCUGGGACUUGUUCAGGUACCCGGGCAUCCGCUCGGAUUCUGACUUGCAUACCUUUGGUUUCUCAUGGCGCCCAUGGAGCGAGCAAAGGAGCAUAGCAGAUGGCGCUUCCAUCCAGAAGUACAUGCAGGAAACUGCGGCCAUCCACGGUAUCGACCAGCAUAUCAAAUUCCAGCACAAACUGCGUGCCGCCAAUUGGUCUUCUGAUGUGCAGCGCUGGCAGCUUUCACUUGAGGCCAAUGGCGAGAAGAAAAUCUUCAAUAGCCGUUUUCUCAUCAUGGGUACCGGGUACUACGACUAUCAGGAGCCUCUCCCCGCCGUCAUCCCCGGGUUGGAGAACUUCAAGGGCACAAUCGUGCAUCCCCAGUUCUGGCCAGAGGAUCUCGAUUACGCAGGAAAGAAUAUGGUCAUCAUUGGGAGCGGCGCCACCGCUGUUACCCUUCUGCCAAACCUUGCUGAAAAGGCCAAGCAUGUCACGAUGCUGCAGCGCUCGCCAAGCUACAUCCUUUCACGUCCUCUAAUCUCGCCCUUGAACGAUGCCCUCCACGUACUGUUUCCCGACUGGAUUGCCUUCAAGCUCAUCCGUUGGCGUCAUCUUAUAAUGGCCUGGCUUUUCUAUCUUUUUUGCCAAACGUUUCCCAUCAAGGCAAGGGACAUAAUUAGAAAGCGUACGGUUGAACAGCUGCCUAAGAACAUUCCUCACGACCCGCACUUUGAACCUGCUUAUUCGCCCUGGGACCAGAGGCUUUGCGUCUGUCCAGACGGCGACUUUUACAAGGUCCUACGGGAUGGCAAAGCGGACAUCGCCACCGGCUCGAUCAAGAACGUCACAGAGUCCAGCAUCGAGCUUGAAACGGGCCAGACUCUCAACACCGACGUCAUCAUCACCGCCACAGGCUUGAAGGUUCAGUUCGCGGGCGGGGUCACGCUGAGCGUCGACGGCGAAGCGAUAAAGCCCUCGGACAAGUUCUUCUGGAAGGGCGUGAUGCUGCAAGACGUGCCGAACGCGGUCUUCGUGCUGGGCUACGCCAACGCCAGCUGGACGCUGGGCGCCGACGCGACAGCGCGGCUCGCCACUCGUCUGAUCAACACCAUGCGCUCCGGCGGCAUGUCUGCGUGCGUGCCGCGCCUCCAAGACCCGGAAACGCUGGGAAGGCUGCCUCUCUUGAACUUGAGCUCGACGUACAUGAAGAGGGCUGAGAACGACUUGCCCAGAGCUGGUGAUCGCGGCCAGUGGCGCCCCCGCAGAAACUACAUCUCGGAUAUCUGGCAGGCGAGGUUUGGGGAUAUCAAGACGGGGCUGCAGAUGUAUCGCGUGUCAACGUAAACCUAAUUUCACAAGAGGUGGAGGCGUAGGUGCUUGAAAAUAGAGCCAUUGGACGGAGGUGAGAGGAUAGGCUAGCCUUGGAGCCAUGAUGCUGCGAGCUGAUUGGUAUAUAGCUUAAGAGUUGCACAUUCGGUUUUGAUAUACACAUAAGUAGAUGCUAUCUAAAUCCUUUAUUUAAAUGCUAUUCAAUCCAUUGAG